AUGCUGGGGGCAUUGACGAUCGCCGCAGCAGUGCAAAGGUGGCGUGAAAAUAUCUUCAAGGCGCAAGAACAACGAAAACCCCCAGUCGCGCCCGCAACAGCCCCAGCACAAGCUGUUAAAAAGGCUGCGGCUCCACCAGCAAAACACAAUGAAACUCAAAAAACCGUCGACUGGAUCAGAAAAGAGGAGAGCUAUGAGGAGGAGCAGGAGCCGAUCUCUGUGAGUUCCCGAUUAAUACGCUUGCAAAACGCUUGUUCAAAAUAG